AUGGCACCACCCAAGAAAGAUUCCACGGCUGCGUCAAAUGCACGGCGAAAGUCAAACAAGACUUCUCUCGUCGUCACAUUGAAGCUGUCACCCAAACACCUGCAGAACUUCAGUCCCUUGCCUAUCAAGCAGGAGAUCAAAGAAAACAAGGAGGCAUCACCCGUCAAAGACUCGCCAUCUUCUUCGGCUUCCAACACACUUCCGGUGGCUACCAGCUCAAAUGGCGAUAACAAAUCCGAGUCGAAUGUGAACACCCCGGUCGCGGUAGGAACACCUACUCCACAAACAUUGAUGCCACCUCCAACAGACGGUCCCAAGAAGAGAGGCACCAAGAGAACUGCAGCUGUCGCCCUGGGCCCAGAUGGCCUUCCUAUACCCAAGGUCAGGGGCAAGCCAGGUCCUAAGAAGAAAGCAAGACUUGAGGAUGGCACAAUCGAUCACUCGGCUUCCACUCCUCGAGCCCCCAAUGGAACCGCCGCCCACAAACUUGGCCCCAAAGCGAAUCAGGGUGCAAUCAAUGCUGGUCUCAGAGCUCUUGACCGAUCAGGAAAACCUUGUCGUAAAUGGCAAAAGGGAGGCUUCACAUUGAAGAGUUUCACCGGUAUCGUAUGGGAGAUCCCAAGAUGGAAAGCGCCUCCACGAAUGAAGGUCGAAGGCGGCCCAGAUGAGUCGGCUUCUGGAGAAAGUAGCAAGGAGAACAAGGACAGCCAGGUUGAGAGCGAGAAGAGUAACACUGCCAUGGACAUUGUUAUGGCUAGCUCACCAGUAGCAUCCGCUCCUUCAGCUCAGGCAGAACCAAGUCCGCCAGGACUCGGCGCAACAGAAUCUACUCCUGAUGAACCCAAUGAGCAGGCUACCGAUUCCCUCGAGUCUAUCACCUCGGUCUCCGUCGCACCGUCGGUCCCUGAGGUUCUCGCUUCAGCAUAA